AUGUCCAAAUCGAUCAAGUACCUCCUAGUCUCCCUCCCCUCCUCCAUCACUCCCUCGCACCACCGCGACGAUGCCUUGGACGCCAUCGCCGCCACUGUCGGCUCGGAUAAUGGCUCAGUCGCUCCUUUCCCAAUUCCGGAGUUUAAGAUCGGAACCCUUGACGCUCUUGUACAGCAAGCGGACGAGUUAGCCAAACUAGAGGCUGCGUGUCAGGGUGUCGUCAGCAAGGUUGGCGAUGCGUUGAAGAAUAUCCUAGAAGGUGACGAGGCGCAGAUUGAGAAGAUGAAGACCGUCAACGAUAAGCCCGUGGACCAGUACCUCCGAACGUUCUCAUGGAAUAAAGUCAAAUACCGCGCCGACAAGUCGCUAUCGGAGCUAAUUGAUCUAUUACAAAAGGAAGCCGUGAGUAUCGAUAGUGACCUUCGAUCGAAAUACUCCCAGUACAAUCAGAUCAAGAAUACAUUGGCCACUCUUCAGCGAAAACAAACCGGAAACCUAUCCACAAAGUCCCUUGCCUCCGUCGUUGACCCCCGCGCCCUCGUUCGGGACUCCGAAUACAUUGAGACACAUCUCGUUGCUGUUCCAGCGCAGCAAGUGAAAGACUUCCUCAAGACCUACGAGACUGUAUCGCCCAUGGUUGUCCCCCGAUCCGCGAACUUGGUCGCCUCCGAUGACGAGUUCACCCUAUAUGCCGUGACAACAUUCCGCAAACAUAGCACCGAGUUCGUCCACAAAUGUCGCGAGCAGAAAUGGAUUCCUCGCGAUUUUAAGUACGUGGAAGGCGGGAAGGAAGAGGAGCGUCGGGAAGUCGAGCGGGUAGGCGGCGACGAGCGUAAGCUGUGGGGUGAGACACUGCGACUGGGGCGGACUUCAUGGAGCGAGGCAGUCAUGGUAUGGGUGCAUGUUCUCGUCCUCCGCGUAUUUGUCGAGACCGUACUCCGCUACGGCCUCCCGCUGGACUUUGUCUGCACGCUUAUCAAGACACCAAGCUCAAAACACGCUGAUAAAGCAAAGAAGAACCUUGACGAGAAAUACUCAUACCUAGCCGGGAAUGCAUUCGGACGGGACAAGAAGGGCCGGGUCAAGAAGGAUGACCCCAAUGAGAUGCAUGGCAUUGAAGGUGGUGGUGCUGACUACACGGCCUAUGUGUAUUACGAUUUUGAAUUCAUUUAAACCGGCCGGGUUAUUUUGUCUAUAUUCGACCUGGUUGGCUACAGAACUGCAUGUUAGUAGCGUACAUAUACCGUAUACUGAAGCUUCAAUUGAGCAAAUGUCGCGUCACC